CACAUCCAAAUAUAAGUUCUCUUGGGGUUGAAUCGAUGCUCUUCGCAGUAGUCUUUAAGGGUCUCUACGACUCCACUAACCGUAUACUUCCAGGUCCAACUGAGCAUGGCCGUGGAAGGACCGACGUGAUCCUCGCCUUGUAGCGUAUGGACGUAAGCGGCGCCCAUUUGACCGUCGAGUGGACAUUUGGUGGAAGCGCCCUUUUGACGGACAAAGCCGUGUGGCGAUUUGAGAUUUUCAAUGUCCAUGAAGCGACGCUCCCCGCCAUGGUCGCCAUACUCCUCCAACACAGAUGGCAAGAAGACGGUAACGAAAUGAUGCACACUGACUCCCAGCAAAUCGAUUUGAUUCGACAAGGCGGGAUUGUGCACUUUGGGGUCUUGCAACUGAUCCAAUAAGGAAGAGGAGGAACCACAAGACGUCGUAGAAGAGAAAAGACGAGACGAACGGCGGCGUGUGGAACUCGGAAAUAACUUCAUCUUCUUUGUCUUCAACUAACUAAAGAAAUGAAGAAAUGAGAUGAAGAUAGAAGUGCGGCGAAAGUGUAACCAACAAGCUCUAACGCUAAAAUUAUCGUCAAAUCAACGGUAAGGCUCGAGUUUCUGCAAGGGUUCUGUGAUUGAAAAGUCAAGGAAAGAUUUAGAUCCUUCUUGUCCAGUCGGGGAUGUUUCAAAGAUCUUCACUGGAUCUUCACUCGGAAGUAUCUUUUGGUCCGCUUCUUUCGUGUCACCAAAUUUCUUGAGAAACAACCUUGGCAACCAGAACUCCACCGACAAAAUCCUUUGUAACGACCAAGAAAGCUUUCGUCCACUCCACACAAGGCAUCUAUUUUCUCAAAAGCACCUAGCAGAACCCUUGUCAGAAACAAGACAAGAUGAUCAUCCUUGGUUCUACGAAACGUCAUGCUGCAUGGACGGCUCCUCUUCUCUUCUUGUGGCUGAUGCUCUCGCAAGUGGUAACGGCCAGUCUCAAUACGACCACUACUGUGGAUCCCGAAGAUGGAAACUAUACCAUUACCACGACUAUCAUCACCACCACCAUUACGACCACUUGUUCCGCGGAUGGCGAGUGCGAGACCCGUCAUGAUACCAUUUCCACCACCAGCGAAAGAAUGUCGUUGACACCUCCCACCGUCGAGCUCUUUAAUGUCACGUACGAUGUGGCCACCACGGUGGAACUCGAUCGCGGAUCCGAAGGAUUGACGGGAACCAUCCCCACCACCAUUGGAUGGUUGACGGCAUUGACGCGAUUGAGUUUGUUUGGAAAUGAACUCACGGGAGGAGUUCCCACCGAACUCGGGUUGUUGACGAAUUUGCAAGAAUUGAGUUUCUCAAGGAAUAGUUUGACGGGGACCCUUCCAUCGGAAGUAGGGUGUCUAUCCGCCAUGACUAAUAUUGGCAUCCGAGACAACCGGUUGAGUGGUUUAAUCCCGAGUCAAGUAGCCUCCAUGGUCGCUUUGAUGGAGCUGAAUUUGUACAAUAACAAUUUGAAUGGACCCAUUCCCUCGGAGCUAGGUUUGUUGACGGCAUUUACGAGGUUGAGCUUGUGGGACAAUUCCUUGACGGGCAACAUGCCCACUGAACUUGGAUUGUCCACGACGUUGCAGUUUGUGGGCUUGUAUGGGAAUGCAUUGAUUGGGAGCAUCCCUUCGGAGAUUGGGCUCAUGACCGACUUGACAACUUUGGGGUUGGGGCCCAACUUUUUGCGAGGAGAGAUUCCCAGUGAGCUAGGAUUGUUGAGCAAGCUAACCGCCUUGGGUUUGCACGAGAACAACUUGAGCGGAAGCAUCCCAGAUGAGCUUGGGUUGUUGACUGUUUUGGGAAGCAUGAGUUUGAAUGACAACCAGUUGGUGGGAAGUGUGCCCAUUGAUCUAUGUGCCAACCCAGAUUUAGCAUGGAUUCGAGUGGAUUGUGCUCCUGAUCCAUUUCCCAUCCAAUGUCCCUGCAAUGAAUGUCAAUGUGUUUAGUUAUUUACUAGUACGGUACGACCAUCUUAGUACAGCAGAAAAGAAAUCAUUAGUAAAAGUAGUUGUCCUCUUUCUGUGUCACGGUGUUGUUCUGCAGACCAACUAGCUCCAUCACAAUAGCAAGUUGUACCAGCAGUUAAACUAAAACUAGAAAAGGUAAAGUAAUCAUUUGCUACUCCACAACUUUAGAAGCGCGGCCAGAUGGCGACAGAGAUCGAAGAGGAAAGGCAUGGGUAGUUCCAAUCGAACUUGAAUUGGAAUAACUCCAGCCAAAAUCAGGGAAGGCAAAGGCAAAACAAGGCAUACUGAGGUAGUACCGUCACGAUGGAAGCUAGCAUGCUGCCCCCUUUCUUUAUGCAUAGAAAUACAUGUGCUAGUUCCUGUAACAUGAUCUGCGUCAUCGAUGAUGUGGCUCUCGGAACAUGACGU